AUGGCGUCCCCACCCCACGGGCCUACUUGCAGCCUCUUCUGGGGCCUUCUCCUCUUGACAGCCUUCUCUCUCCUCUCCCUUCAUGCUCUCGCCUCCGCUUCAGGGGGGGCCCCCACCGGGCAGCAGGGGGCCCCCUUAGGGGCCCCCCUGCUCUCCGCUGCUUCCCAGCCCUCUCCUUCCUGGGGCCCCCCUACUGGGAUUGGGGGCCCCCCUGCACCUCUACAGACUUAUCAAGGCCCUGAAAGGCAACAGGCAGUCCAAUCACAGGGGCCCCAGGCCCCCCUGGGGCCCCCAGGCCUGAGGGGGCCCCCGCACGAGGGUACCGGGGCACCUGCAGCCCCAGAAGUGCAGGUAGGGGCCCCUGCUGCAGGCGGAGGAGGGCCAGUACGGGGGCCCCUAAGGGAUGAAGGGGGCCCCCCUUUGAUCGCCAGCUCAGCUAUGGGGGUGCACCCUCCGUCUCCUCUCUCUGAUGCUUAUCUGGGGGGGGCCCCAGUGCUUGGGGGCCCCCCAGGGCCUAGUGCUACCUUAGCGCCUGCAGACGGGCUUGAAGCAACGCCUUCCGAGCAGCCAAGGGGGCCCCUCACCGCACAGGUGCCCCUAGGCGCAGAGGGGGCCCCCCCCUCCCCUCGGGGGCCCCCAGGACCCAAUGCAGCAGAUGGGGGAGCCGUAGAAGCCCACCCCGCUGAUAAGCAGCAGCAAGAAAUGAAGGAGACGCCGCUGCAACAACAGCAGCAACAACCGCAGCCGCAGGAGGCAAUGCCGCAGCCGCAGGAGGUGCAGCAGCUGCCGCAGCAGCAACAGCAACAACAACCGCAGCAACAGACGCAACAGCUGCCGCAGCAGCUGCCGCAGCAGCAGCAGCCGCAGCAGCAAC